CGUUGUCAAGGAGGCUAGGGAAGGGACCAUAAAGAAUUGGAGCAGCUAGGGCUCGGUCAGAGAGAAGGAGAGGCCACAGUAGUUUGCUUCUUUGGAGACAUGCACACUUAUAUUUUCUUUUUUACUUUGUCAGCUAGGGCUCGGUCAGAGAGAAGGAGAGACCAUAAUGAAUGAACCGGGAGGAGGGGGUCAACAAAUAAAAUAAAAAGCUGGAGCAAAGGAGUACUAGGGGGAAAACUCGGAGUGGGAGGCGGGAGAUUAGUGCGUGGGUGAUAUUUUCUUUUUUACUUUGUAAUAGAUUGGUUCAUAACUCGUUCUUUUUACAUUGAGUAGAUUAAAUAGCUCGGAUUAAACUUAAUUAAGUAGUGAAUUUUAUAUUGAAUAUGUAUAACAAAUUGGAUCAAACUUAAUUCAUGCUUUUUAAUAUUGAAUAUAUUAAAUAGCUUGGAUUAAACUUAAGCUGCUAUUUUAUAUUGACUGCAUUUUUUAUAAAUCGGAUCAAACUUAAUUCGUGCCUUUUAUACUUGAAUGAAGGAAUAUAUAUAGAUAUAAAUGAUUUUUUUUCUUUGUCCGAAUAUACAAUAAUUGGUAAUUUAUAAAUGCGGCAAGAAUAAUUCGAACCAACAAUUUUGCGGCUUCUCUGUCUUCGCCGUGGUGUAAUAUAUACCCGGUGCAUUUCAACUAUGCGGAGCACGUCGCCAUGAUCAAUUGAUCAGGGGAGCUCCAGUACAAUCGUGUCCGUCUUCCCCGAUCCGCCUCUCCGGCGCGCCAACUUCCUCGUAGCUGCCAGUCCCCCGCCUUCUCCGCGCGCACCACCCAAAAUUCUCCCGACCCAACAACCUCCAACGCUCUCGACCGCCCCCUCUUCCUCUUCCUCCUCCCAGCCUCCCGAUCGCUCCAGUGCGCCAUGAGCGAGGCACCCGCGACGACCGCCGCCGCCGGAGACGACCCUGACGCCACCGCCACCGCCAAUCAUCAGCAGCAGCAGCAGCAGCAGCAGCAGCAGGCGCAGGCGCAGGCGCAGCCCGAGACGCAGGACGACGCGGACCAGCUGUCGGAGCUGCGGCAGAUCUUCCGGUCCUUCGACCGCAACAAGGACGGCAGCCUGACGCAGCUGGAGCUGGGCUCCCUCCUCCGCUCCCUCGGCCUCAAGCCCAGCACCGACGAGCUCGACGCCCUCAUCCACCGCGCCGACACCAACUCCAACGGCCUCGUCGAGUUCUCCGAGUUCGUCGCCCUCGUCUCCCCCGAGCUCCUCGACGACCGCUCCCCCUACUCCGAGGACCAGCUCCGCAGGCUCUUCGAGAUCUUCGACCGCGACGGCAACGGCUUCAUCACCGCCGCCGAGCUCGCGCACUCCAUGGCUAAGCUCGGCCACGCGCUCACCGCCAAGGAGCUCACCGGAAUGAUCGAGGAGGCCGACACCGACGGCGACGGCCGGAUCAACUUCCGUGAGUUCUCCCGCGCCAUCACCGCCGCUGCCUUCGACAACGUCUUCUCCUGACCCAGCCGUCGACCUGAGAGAGGCCCGCCCAUCCAUUGCCUUCAACCUCCGUGCGGAUUCGAUCCAUGCCGCGCGUCAUCAUCGAUCGCGCUCUGUUGGUGUCCGUGCUUCUCUCGAUCGUUUGUGUUCUUGUCCGGGGACGGGGAGGUCAGUGAUCAGAUAAUUUUUAGGCUGCAGGUGUUGGUGAGAUGAGCUGUUGUGUGUUAUGAAUAACAAACAGAUUAAACAAACCCAGAAUGGCAGUGGCAAGAUUACUUUAGGGGUCAAGGAAUGAAUUAUCCAUGCAAAAUGCACAUUGUGUUUGUUGAUUAAUUUGCUCCCGUCAAUCGAUCGUCCCAAAUCUCGCUCGAUGGCCAUCUGAUGCUCACAUUGUGUUCGACAUUACUAAGGAUAAGGAGAAUUUGUCCAUGAA